AUGUCUAGUGAUGCUGUGCGGGCGGCACUUGAAAGUGGACUCUGGCGUGAGAAGAAGGACCAAAAGUCCGGCCGGUCGUAUUUCGUCAACACACAAACACGUGUUUCCGUGUGGGACCUCGCCCGUGAACUCGCCCGCUCCCAGCCAACAACCAAAACAACGACUGCAAAAACAAAGGGAAAAGACACUGCCGAGAGUUUAACCGCCGAGCGGAAGGAACAGGCACGGCGAUGGCAACAGCAGGAGUCGAAUCUCACCGAGCGCGUAAUGGCGUUGGAGCGGGAAAAGGUGCGGCUGGAGAGUGAGAUCACUGUACUGCAGGAACCCGCACGGGCAGAGGCGGAGGUCCUGCAGGAACAACACCAGCAACUCUGCGAUGCAAAGAAGAGUCUCGAGGCCAUCAUGGCAAGUGAUCUGCAGCUGCGAAGGGAAAAGACGAUGGAGUUGCAACAACUCCAGACAAAAUUGGAUACUUUGCGAUUAAAUCGUCAACAGGAACUGGAGGCAUUUGCAGUCCUUAAGAAAAGACUAGCACAACUUCAACAGGAACAUGCAGAAGCCGUAGUAGAUCUUGAACGAGAAGAAAAUCUCAUAGAAACAUUGCGUGAGGAACACAACCGAGAAGAGCGACUUUUAGAGGAUGCCAUUCAAGAAGAGGCUCGUCUGAAGGAAUUUAUGAAGAUAAGAAGUGGAGAGGUGGAUCGCAUGAAAGCGGAACUAAAGGGAUUAUGUCAACGAAAAGCAGAACUACAACAAUACCACCAACAACUCGCAGCAGAGAUGGCAGAGGAUGUGAAAGAUAUAAAUGAAGAUAGAUCACAAGAAGGUUUAUCUUCAUCUAUGCCACUUCUUUCUCACCUGCAAGAUGAGGUCUCACGAAGACGGAAAAGUUUACAACAGUUAAAACAAAAACAACAUCUUGUAAAUGAGGCGGAGUGGAUGGAAGUGGAAAGUGCAGAACUGCAACACCUCCGAGCUUCAACAAAUGCUGAAGUACGUCAAUUAGCGUUAUUCACAAAGGAAUUAAGUGAUCAAGUACGGGUGGUGCUUCCAUUGGUGGAAUCUAUUAAACGUGAUGUUGAGAAGCUAAUGGAAGAGUUGGAGACUUAA